ACCUUAAGACUGGUCUAGUCAAGUCAGUCUAGAUGUCUGAUGAGGCAUGGGUCAGAGAUUUCAUAGCAGCAGCAGAGAGUGGUCAUGCCGGCAAGACGCUGGAGUUGGUGGAAGCCGUUCGGAAGGAGCGCUGGGCUGUCAAAGAAGCGGCCACCCUGGGCAUGGCAAGCCUCAAGGCUGGCCUGGACCGGGAGAGCUGCGCUGCAGGCCGCAACCGCGUGCUGCGGCAAUGGCUGGCUGAAUGCAAAAACCAGGUGGUAGCCGCCUGGUCACAGCUCGGCUUUCCUUUGCCGCCAAAGAGCACAAAUGUGGAGUGCCAAAGUCCCCGAACUGACUUACUUUGCCCUGAAGCUCAUGUUCCACCUGCAGGUUGUGGUCAACCGGUUUGUCCCAUGUAUUGUAGGUCCAGUCCCGGACAAGUCAGUUCCGGCUGGUGUAAUUGUGUUUGAUUUCGACCAAACGCUGUGUGUUCGGCAUGUUGGCGUCUUCGAGGACGGACUUGAUUGGCUUGCGACAUUGUCCGACAUUGAGUGUUAAGCCUGUUAAGCUAUUAGAAACAAGUGCCUUACUACUAGGAACAAGAAGCUACUAGGGGCUCCUGGCCUUACUAGUAGUAACAAGAAACUAUUAGAAACAAGUUUGACUUUUACGCUAUGCGUUUCGGUUGCUGCAGAAGACCCGACCGCAGUCGCUGGCCCCAUUCUUUGAAUCUUUC